AUGAAAGAAGUCUUGAAGUUUCAAAGAUUUUUAAUUCUAAUGCUAUUUUCAAUACCUUCAUGUCUUUCAACUCCGGGUUUAUUUAACUUCAGUCAGGAAAAUGCAUUUAUUGAAAUUGACACACAACCCUUUUCAUGCUCCCGAGAUAUUCAAAAACUUUUCUCUAUAUCGUUUGACAUCCAUCUGCGCACCAACUCUUCAAUACUUUUUACGGGAAUAAGUGCAAGUUUGGCACCAGAAACUACAUCAGAAGAUGCUCUCAAAAAUUUAGACGCUCCUGGACUUCAUGGUGCCCCCCUUGCUCUAUUUAUCUACACCGAGCGGCCCUACUUCAGACUCAUGGUGAUGCGACUAACAGAUUACCAGGUGCGGUUCUACCUCCACCAUGCUUUUGGUUAUUUCGAUAGAAGCUGGAGAGAUUGGCAUAGAGUGGAAGUUAUUUUCACCCGAGCUGGAUCCACACGAACAGAAAUUCGGUUCAAAGUUGACCAAAAGACCAACAGGGGUAUGCUGCACACAGGCGAUAUACUCUGGCCCGAUUGGGCGGAACUCAAAUCAAAGGCAGCCUCUGAAAAGACUACCAAAAGAAAAUUUUAUUCUAAUGAGGCUUUUCUUGGUUUUCCCCCAACUGGCACAAUGGCACGCUUUGCUACUGACACACUCAUAAAAUACCACGACGAUAUCCGAUCUGUCUUUGUCGGCGCCAGUGAAACAAAUGGAUAUGAGGGAAGCCAUGUGCCAAAAUUUGGACCCUUCAGAGGCGCAAUGAAGUCGUUUCUCAUCGCAAGCGAGUGCGCCUGUGGAAUGAUAAGUGCUUUCGGUCCAAGAAUUGUGCAGAUCGGAUCUGGCAUUGAAUUUCAGAGCGUUUGCGAUGUAAGUGCGGUGCCUCCUCUUGGCGCAAAUAUCUCCGGCCUUUGUCGCAGCAACGUUAGCGGACUUCCUUGUGGAUGCGUUGGAAGUGGAAAUUGGCUCAAAUGCUAUUGUCCUCUCGAACGUCACUGUAGUGCGCUAAAACCCAUCGACUUCAAAUCUACACGUGUUGGAUUGCUUUUGAAUGGUUCAACAGUGCCGGAUUUGAGCAAAGAAGCUGACACCUUGGUGCUUUAUGAGCAAAGACGACCAUUGAAAUUUCUAGCUGAAGGUCCUCAUACCUAUAAUCAAAUGGAUUCAUGCUUUUCCAACAUAUUUCUCUGCAAAAAAGAUAUCUAUUACAAAUUUUGGAUGCGUGUUGACCCAACCGCUUUGAUGAACGGAUCAACCAUGGUAAUAAAGCAUGCAUCACAUCUUAAAUCGCCAUGGCACAUGCAAGUCUCUUACAAAGGCCUUCCCAAAAGGAUCGCAGAUCCGGAGCAUAUUAUGAAAAUCGCGGUUGAGAUACAAGCUCCACCACACUUUACUUGGAACAUUGAUGGUUGUAGCAACAAGGUUCGUGUUGUGCUUGGUCAAUGGCAUCAAAUCACAAUACGUUGGGACAGGAAAAAUCUCACCCUUUUUGUCGAUGAAAACCUAUGCUGCAUUGCUAGUCAAAGAACUCAGGUUAUCAUCCCAAAAGCGGACCAACGAUUUGGCUCUCGUCGCACUCCCUUCCUCUUUAUUGGCAAUCAUAGGGUUCAAGAUCUUAUUUUCAACGAUGUGGGCCUUCUGCCUUCUUUCUUUCGCUUGACUAAACUAGCGAACAAUCAUGGAGAGUUAUCAGUAAACGCCAUUGUAAAUCGGGGCGAUUUCUACUCAGUAUUUCGGCUGGACAGAUUGAAACCGUUUUCGUCCGUACAACUACCUGGCGUAAAUGUCACCGUGGUUGGUGUAGAUGAAAGGCUUGCGGUGCUCUCCAGACGACAGGACUGCAAUGUCUUUCGGUUGCCAGUGGGUUGCGUCACCAGCGACUCAUGCAGUGUGGAGGUGGAGCGUCGGGAUUCUAACAUCAUUGUGCACAGUUGGAACGUUCAGCUGAACACUGAGACUGACUCAGAGCUCUGUAAUAUAGCACGACAGCAAAUUAGCCACGAUGGUCUGGUGCCAAAUUCCCAGAUGCUUCUGUUUAAUCGGAGACGCAGUGAGUUACUCAGACGACGUCUCAUCCAAACAACACAUUUCCCAAAUCUACGCUGCAAUUUCGACCAUCUGCAGCCCAGUUCUAGAAGUAUGCCUCUGGAUCUUACGGGCUUGUGCGAGAUGACAGAGGCAUUUCCAAACUACCGUGUUCAGUCUAAAGGCGACUUUACAAAAUCGCCUGUAGAUGGGACCUUGGAGAUUUCAAUGAACCAACUAGUACUUCAUCCCCUUUCCACCAAUCUGGAAUCUUACUGCCUUCAGGAUCUUGAGAUUUGCCAGUUCGGUCUGACUAUGUCCUUCUGGAUGCUCCCCUUGACUGCCACCAGGGCCCCCAAAGUCUGGACUAUUGUACGACAGAAUGGACUCUCAGGAAGUCAAAUUUCCGUGGAUCUCGUGCAAACAGACAACCAGUAUAACCUGGAAGCGAAGGUCAAGAGUAUGCAAACAAUUUCCUCAGGAAAGGCGACAUCAAAAAUAUGGACAACGAAAGCAACCUCCACUUAUGACAGUGUUUAUCAUCAAAAAAGGGCCAAAAUCAGCACAGCAGAUGGUUUAUGGACGCUUGUAAUCGUCUCUUGGUCGCACGUUGCGGGUCUCUCGGUCAAACUCAAUGACACUCUAGUGAGUGCCGCUAGAGAGUCUUAUGAAGAAAUCUCGAGUUGGCCAACACCUGUUGAACCGGGACUCUGGUUCGGUCAUCGUGAGGCGCACACCAUGGGAGAAGCCGUGAUCAUCGACGAUUUUCAAUUUAUCCCCGCGGAACUGAAUCAUCUGGCCUUUGUGAAUCAAAAAAUAGAUGUUGAACUAUCAAAUCAGGGUCUGAGGCUUUGCAGCUAUGCCACCUGCCUGGAUGCUUCCUCAUGCCAUUCAUUCCGGAGCAAUAACUUCGUCCGAGAAGAAUUUUGUCGUUGCGAGAAUCCGCAUCGUGUGUGCAAGGAAGCCUUGGUUGCAUCCAGAACUCCUAAGGUGUUAAUAGUGCCCAAAGCAUCUCCGACUCCACCAUCGUGGUCGCCGCUCUCUCAAGCUCGAAGCUGGCCAGCCUCCUCUUCGCCACCGCCAAAAACUACAACCACAGUGCAGCCCACAAUCAAACCCAUAAUUAGUGUGUCUGAAACCACUACUGCUGUAAAUCAUUCCCAAACCAAAUAUACGGGCACCGCUAAAUCACGUUCCUUAGCGCCCCAGUCGCCGUUGCAAAGGGACACCGUUUCUUCUAUGCCUUCGUGCAAUCCGCCAUGCCAAAACGGUGGGAAGUGCGUGUUCUCAACAAUUAAUGGUGAUUUUACAUGUGACUGCUCCGAAACGCCCUUUUGGGGAAGUGACUGCUCCCGUGAACAUGUCGGCUGGCUUGCCCAUGAUAGUGGAGUUCCUGACGUCGAUUCAAAGCAGAGAUUGUUUGCAAUUUACAGAACAAUGAAUGGUAGCACUAAACAGCGAUUCAUCUUUCGAACUCAAGCAUCUAAUAAACUGGAUCCCAUCCCGAGAAGACCAACUCGAAGGUCUAUUAGCCAGCCUUCAGCAUCUGGCCGGAUGGCGCUCUUGACGGUCAAAAAUGACACCUUCGCUUUUAGACUAGUCUUGAUAAAUCGCGACCUCUACCUCGUCACUGAAGGCGACACAACUUCUCUAUUCCGGUUGAUUCCAUGUGCUCAGAGCACCAGUCUUAAACUAAAUGAUGGAGCUCUUCACGCUAUUGAAGUGGAACACCAUCAGACCUUCUUGCGGGCAAAAGUGGAUGGAGUUCCUGUUUAUCCAGUCAAAGCGGUGUCACGGUCCUGUGACAAGUGGUUCUUCUUCAGCAUCGUUAAAAGCAUGAACAAUCGCCUCUAUGCGAAAAAGAUGAUAUCAAUGAGCGGAGAAGCCAACCCUUCAUUGGUAAAUGCGUUUCUCGGGUCAUGGUCCGACGGGAAAGAGGAAUUCAAGGGAGCUAUCGGAGGGUGGAUGGUUGAUGACGAGGAGAUGAUUAUGCCUGUCACCGUGGAGCCUAAAGAUACUCCCAACACAGUGUACCACCUGAACAGGCGCUUCGGUCUCUCCAACGGCGACUUCGAUUGGAGAAGACUGAAUUCCCUCAUCCCCGUCACCGUUCUCAUUGAUGGCGUGGUCACGAAGACAUCACCCGGUUUCUCCAAUACGGUGUGGUUUUGGAUCGUUGGAUGCAUCAGUUUGGGUCUGCCUCUGCUCCUUUUCGUCUGUUGGGCCUGUGCUCGUCUCCAUAGCCAAAGGAAAGCCGGUAGGAAAGGAGUCUGGCACCGCAGUUACCCACUCUUCAAGCCUAUGAAGGCAAAGUUGCCGUCACCAGCCAGUCGGAUUUCCUCCAACAGCUCUAUGCACCCGCUGAAGAGCAAGGAUGAAGCCUCAUCCACACUCACCAACGGUAGCUAUGUGUCACCAAAACUACGCAGACUUAAGGCCUACACAGCUCCCUGCAAUGACAGUUCGGCAUUAACAACGGACAGUCUGUGGCGGGCGAGAGUGCUAACUCUUCAGCCUUCAAUGAAACUCGGGAGCAUUGUUAGUUCAAGCUCUCCCACUGCAACAUCGACCACCAGCCUCUGCCCUUUCGACGAGACCGAUGACGUCGAGGAAAUCUUUGUCACACCAAACGGAGAUUCAGUAAUUACUCUGGCCACGAACCACGGCACCUCCAUCAAACAAUGGAACACCUCUGAUGGCAGCUGUCAGAGGGAGAUUUUAUUCAGACCCAAAGGCCAGUCAGAAACUAGAACUUUUGGAAUUAUGUCACUUCAUGAAAAGAUUGGUCUCUUGCUUGCGGACGAAAAAAAUAUUGCCCAUCUGCAUCCACUCAGUGCUGAUUUGCCAUCGGCUACCGUGCAGUUGCCUUCAACUGUAUGGGGCGUUUUUCCUAUUGGUGACCUCGCUCUUUUUGUCACCUCUACGGCUGGUGCCACAAACGACGUCUUUGCAUCACUCCACUUCUGGUCGCCAUCCUCCAAGGCUUUGGUGGUCGAGAGUCAACUGAGAGCCAAGCCCUCAUGGCAAAAGAAAGGCUUCCUCCCACAAGACGCUAAGAGAUUGCAACCCCUUCUAGGUCCCAAUCAGGCAAAUCUUCUACUUCGCUGGCUCUGUCCCAGUUCUGAAGACUAUUCCUUCUCCAUAACAGUAAAUCUCUCCACAGUCUAUGGUGAAUUGAAGUUCAAUAUGGAGCCUCUAGUCUCACUGGAUCCUCAUAUUUCAACGAUACUAGUGAGACAUUCUAUGAAUUUACAUGAAACAACUUUCCUCACAGCAGAAAUCGCCGUUACUGGCGAUUCCCGUGGCACUUUACACAUUUGGGAUGUGCAAACUGGCACAACAUACCGCUCUGUGCAGAGCGAUCCCAUCCCCAUUGAUGGUCCACUUCUCAAGAAUCUGGUGCAUUAUGACUUUUCUCGUCUGAAUGUAUCAGCCAAAGCCGGUCCCAUCACUGCGCUGGCGGCGACCGAACCUCACCCGACCGAGGGUGGCAGCUUCACGUGGUUCUGCUCGGGAGACGACUCGGGGUGCGUGGUUGUGCGCCGAUGCGUGGCCACGACUAGCGGUGCAGCAAGAAACGUUGCUACGAGAAUUCAUGCGAAAUUUCGACCCUAUUCCCAAACUCAUCUAACCUACUCAGCGGAUAGCGUCACUUGCGCUAGUCUCCUCAGUCGCUCUCAAUGGCGGAAAAAAAAGCCGGAGGCUUUUUUGGCCACUGGUGAUCUUUCGGGCUGCAUUCGCGUUUGGCUGUUGCCUCAGUGCACACAACUGGCUCAGCUCUCCGCUUCCUGCGAGUUUGGCCUCCGAGAUCUCGUGCUCACGCAGUCAAGUCCCUCUAUGACCCUGCCUGACCAAUGGUUGCAGGUAGUGGGGCUGGUGCGGCGUGAAAAAUGUGUCAGUUCUAGGUACGAGCAGGGACAUGUCGUCAUAAUUCACUUGAGUGCGAGAGAGGAAAACGGUGUGCCCAACGCCAUGCACAGUCCUCGCAUCAGAAUUGUGUACAAGUCGUAG